AUGACUAAGGGAAAGAAGAAGGUAAGGAUUACUGUAGCAUCGAUUACGAGUUGCUUUAGAAACGAAAUGUUGCUCGAAAGAGGAUUCUGGAUGCCCUCAGUGCCUUUACGCUACCUAGAAAACUUCCUGCGAAGUCAUUGAAGCAAUUGGAAUAUAAGAGAAGGGCUCGGUUACAACAUUACUUGGAUAAGAAGAUCAACGGCAAGAAUGCGGAACGACCAGAACAGACGAUCGGACUUUACCGACUACGAGACCUCAAUUUUACAAAGCUUACUGGCAAAAACUUCCAGCAAAAUAUACCGUUCUACGAUGACAUGCGACAUUAUUCAAGGGUCGGGCGGAAUGUGAGUUUACAAAUUGAGUUGGAACAGUCUCUUUGUUUUACCUUGUUCUAGGUGAAUACUAUUGUCAUAAUAUUUUUCUAUUAUUCUUUGUUUAUGAAGAGACUAUGGUAAUUUGAACCGUAUUCCAGAAAGUUACAAGCCUGACUUCAACGGCCGGCGAACAAAUCAUCUGCUACUGUAUUGUGAUGAUGACACUGUUCUUGUUCUGUGUCAAGUUUGUCAUGCUGAACAAGAACAUGUUUGGGUCGUUACAGUACAAGAACGGUGCCAUCUUCCACUUCCUUGUCAUACAAACUUUUAUUAAAAUGCAUUGGCUACCGUCUCCAGAAUAUGACGCUUUCAAGUUUGACGUCGAUGACAUUGUUGAUGAUUUCGAGCACAAAAUUCGACAUUACAAGGCUUCAUGGAUAUUCACCAUCUCAUUAUUGCCUCUACAUAUAGUUAUACCUUUAUGCUUGGCUUUCAAAUGGCCUAGACAGAGAUUACUUGGCAAAAGUUCUAUCAUGAAGACAAUAUUGUCAGUGUUGGUUAUCACAUGGAUAACAGGCUUCAUUGCCGUUGCAAUACCUGGAUUGACACACGAUGUACGACACUUCAAUGGAGUAGGUUCGAGGAUGGUUGGUGAACUGUUCAGAUUCGAAUUUUGUUUGAUGAAUAUGACCGAAAGCAUAGUCGACUUCCUUGAUGUUAGUUUGUCUGUUGAUUUUAUGCUUUCUUUAUCAUUCAUUCCGGCUUUUACAACUGUACAGUGCAAUCCUAUCAAAUCAGCUCUUUUUACCCCGCUGCAUCGUGCAGAUUCCCCGCCCGAGACGCCCUGGAAUUUUAGAAAGACUGCAUUGUGCAAUUCCCUGAAACACCCCAUAGCAUAGAAAGUUGUAUUUCAGGAUUCUUUGAAAUGCGUCUCAUUGAGGAAUAUUACAAGUGAAAUCUGUAACGAACCAUUUCCAUCAACAGAUUUGUUCGAUUGCCAAUCAGAAGAAGUAAGUCGUUAUGGCUCUUAUAAUAAAAUCACUUAGACUAUCUCAAGCUUGCUGCUUCAAGAAGAGUGGGUUCAGAUGGGUCUCUUUGUAUUCACAAUCACAGCCUUAUACGUAUCCCUUAUUGUCAAGAUCAUAAUCCAAAGGAAAAAGUAUAGAAAAAUACUGAGGAACAUCUAUCAUCGCAUAAAUUACAGCCCAAAGUAAGGAACAUUUCUGUUGAGUACUUCAUUUUAAAGUUCCUUCUCAUAAGUAUAGUACAUUAAUUUUGAUGCCAAACAGCAAUAUUACCUACUUUUAGGUCCGUAACACUUGAACAUCUCAAAGAUUUUACAUUUGAGGGAAAUCUAGAAACAGACGACACAAAGUUCUCCCUACAAUACUUACCCUACACGUCCUGUCUGUGUCAGAAUCGUGAAUGUCCGUACAACAACCUGGGACCAAUGAUCUUCAAGCCAAAUAAACAUACGAGGAAAGUGGAUGUUCCCAAGUCUCACUUGGCUACACCUGUGUCUGCAUCCAUGUUAUAA